AUGGCAAGCAAUGGUGCUCAACAGCACACCGUUCCGGCUGCUAACGCCAGCGUCGAUGGCGGUGAAGCAUCGUCCUCGAAGCUCGCCCCGGCCAUGAAAGCGGGCGAGGGCUCUGCAGCACCACCGCAAUUGUCAGCAGCACCACCUAACGAUGUCUCAUACCAGUCAAUGGACUCUGAAGAGCUCUCAGCGCUCGAAGAGAUGGCAGAAGGCGAGUCGGACUCAGACACUGAGAUCGACCGGCUCCUCGACGAGGCAGCAGAAGCUUUCCCACCAGAGGCGGUCUCCCUCAUGGUCAAAGACCUGAAGCAGAAUGGCAUCGUUAUCUUCCUCCAGCGCUACGUCGUUCCUGAUCCCUCGUCGAUUCGCAUCAAACAUCUUCUCCUAGCUCUAGGUGUCUUCUUACCCCGCUCCAUCCGAGAAUCAGAUACGCCGUUCGAAAUCCUCCUCCCCAUCCUCAAGACCGCUCUUGUCCGCAUCCUUCGACAACGCGAAAAGCUCCCACAAUACAACACCAUCGAUGAUGCCCUCGCUCUCCUUCAACGCAGUAAGCGCAUCGUGGUCCUCUCCGGAGCCGGAAUCUCUGUCUCAUGCGGCAUCCCUGACUUCCGCUCCAAAGACGGUAUCUACUCUCAACUCCAGUCUGAGGGAAAAUACGAACUGGACGAUCCACAAGACAUGUUUGACAAGCAAUACUUCCUCUCCAACCCCGAAAUGUUUUACUCUUUUGCUCAUCGCAUCUUUCCAAGCAACUUUGUUCCGAGCUCAGCGCAUCGGUUCAUCAAGCUCAUCGAGGGUAGGGGCCAGCUCUUGAGGAAUUACAGUCAGAACAUUGAUACGUUGGAGCAACUAGCGGGGAUUGAGAAAGCGUUACAGUGUCAUGGCAGUUUUGCAACUGCUAGCUGUACCAAUCCGGAGUGCGGGUACAAGUGUAAAGGUAGUCAGAUAGCGAAGGCGAUAUUUUCGCAGACUGUGCCGGUUUGUCCUGCUUGCGAGGAGAGUAAGGCGAGAGAAGGGUCCAGUAGCAAGAAGCCAAUCAAGAAGAAACGCAAGUUGGGUAACGGAAAGAGCUGGCGACCAAGCAAUGACUCUGACGACGAGGACGAUGAGGAUAACGAAACCCAGCUGGCCGGCUUCGGGGUUCUCAAACCGGAUAUUACAUUCUUCGGCGAGAAGCUAUCAGACGCCUUCGACCACGCUCUCCUAGCAGACAGGGAAGAAGUCGAUCUACUUAUCGUCAUGGGGACAUCACUCAAAGUUGCUCCCGUAUCCGAGAUCCCCGGUCACAUCCCACACUCUACACCAGUCAUCCUCAUCAACAAGACUCCUGUCCUGCACAUGGCUACUGACAUCAUGCUGCUCGGCGACUGCGAUAGGAUUGUCGAGUAUCUCUGUCGCAAGCUCGGGUGGGAUCUGCUCUUGAUUCAGCCGAAUGAAGAUGUCGUUGGCACGCCAGCUGCAGAAGAGGCAAAGGAGAAGGUGGCGCUGCAGGAUGAUCAAGAGGCUAGAGCGGAGGCUUUGGCGCCGAGCAAUGUCAAAAACGAGUCGCAGGAACCAGAAAGGCUGAUGAAUAGCCAUGCAUGGCUUUUUGAAGGCGCUGAACCAGGACGCCUCCCCGCAUUGCUCGCCGAGAUGGUGGCCGAUAACGAAGAGAAGGAGUCUGAUGGGGGUGGCGACGACGAGAACCAACAAGACGAUCAGGACGAUGAACCUCUGCAGACGAAGGCAGAAUUACCGAUAGCCUAG